AUGACCUGCAGAAAUUAUCUAGAGAAGACUUUGGCGUGGAUGUUGAAUAACAAGAUAAUAGUGUUUCUAUCACUAUUAUCAUUUUGUCUGUUUGUGUCGACGUUAGCCUUAGCUGGACAAAGAAAUCGGGCUCUGAGUGAACUAGAAGAGUUACAAAACAGCUUAACCACUGAAGCUUCUACUACGCCAGAUCCUACAACUACUGUAAUAAGUCCUGAAAAGCAAGAGAAUCAACCACCGGUAUCGUUUGAUAGCAAAAUGUUUCAACUUCUAGGUGCUGCAUAG